CAGAAGCAACAAAAGUUUUCAAAUGGUGAUCCCAAUCCUAUAUGGCACCGAGAGCAGUCCCCCGGUCCGGGCAGUUUUGCUCACCCUGCGAGCCCUCCAGCUGGAGCACGAGUUCCGGCCGCUGGACAUGCAGACCGGUGAGCACUUGGAGCCGGAAAUGCUGCGCAAGAAUCCCCAGCACACGGUGCCCAUGCUGGAGGAUGGUGAGGCCUGCAUCUGGGACUCGCAUGCCAUCAUUGGGUAUCUGGUGAACAAGUAUGCCACAUCGGACGAGCUCUAUCCCAGGGAUCCGCUGCAGAGGGCUGUGGUGGAUCAGCGGCUGCACUUUGAGACCGGUGUCCUUUUCCAUGGCAUCUUCAAGCAGCUGCAAAGGGCACUGUUCAAGGAGGGUGCCACAGAGGUGUCCAAGGAUCGACUGGCUGAGUUGCGUGAUGCCUAUGCCCUGCUGGAGCAAUUUCUGGCCGAGAAUCCAUACCUGGCUGGUCCACGUCUGACCAUUGCCGACUUUAGCAUUGUGGCCACGGUAAGCACUUUGCACCUGAGCUACUGUCCCGUGGAUGGCUCCAAGUAUCCCAAGCUAUCCGCUUGGCUGGCCCGACUGUCGGCCCAGCCCUUCUACGAGGAGGACAACCUAAGAGGAGCCCGGGAGCUGGCUGACCGAAUCCGUGCGAAGCUGCCCAAGCAGUUCGACAAGCUGUGGCAGAAGGCCUUCGAGGACAUCAAGAGCGGUGCGGGAAAACAGUAACCGAGGGUCCUUUAUAGAGAAUGUUAAUAAUUGAGAAAAAUGAUCAAGUUUUUAUUGAUAUUAAAGUAUGACCUUUUCCCAAAACACA